GCUUGGCUGUCUCCCUGCCGACCGGACACCGGCCUCCGGGGGGUCGAUCGGGUGCCGCGGAGGGCCCCUACUUCUGCACGCUCCCCAGCCCCUGGGCCUCCGGUGCCCUCAGCUCCGGCUCCCGCCUGGUGGGCACCGCAGCCUCCCGGAGCCGGCCUGCAGCAGGGCCUGCGGGCGACGUGGCCCGAGGCCAGCCUCCCACCCCCCUGUCCCGACGUCCUGGGCUCCCUGCCUUUGCCUGCGGGAGACGAGGGAAGCCCAGGCACCUCCCCGGUGGCUUUGACGAUUCAAAGCAUCUAUUCCUUAAAACAUCACUAGGGGGCGCCGGGCUGGCUCAGUCCGUGGAGCCUGUGACUCUUGACCUCAGGGUCUUGAGGUCGAGCCCUAUGUUGGCCAUAGAGCUUACUUUAAAAAAAAAAAAAAAAAAAAAGCAAUGGUGUUUUCACGCACAGCAGUUGGAUAGACGCAGAUUAAAAAGGUGAAUCUACAUCACCGGGAGUGUUACUAGGGCAUCACACAGGCCACGGUGCCCUUGCUGAGAACCCUGUUUGCAAGGAAUGUUCGGAGGAUCAGAACAGGACCGGCCUGUGGAGCUUUAAAAAAAAAAAAAAAAACGGUUUUUCUCAGUCUCCUGGAGAUGCCUUCCACGAGCACGUGGAGAGUCUGAAGUGUGCGGAGGCCAUGCUGGGGUUCCGUUAGCACGGAGAAGAUGCAGCUCAGGAGCUCAGGGAUGAUGCAGAAACAAAACAGACGAGAGAUCCCAACCAAGGAAAUAGGAGCCCUGCGGGUGAUGCUCCUGCGAACCCCGGGGGCUGCUGGAUCCCACUUGAAUUUGUAGCGGAACUGGGCACCCGGGGGGGGGGGGGGGGGAGGCGGGGCAGCGCCAGAGAGCAGGCCAGGUCAGGGUAUAGGGCUCUUCAGUAUGAGGGAGGCCCCUGGGGACCACCCCUGGGGACCGGGGCAGGUACAUGGUGGGGGUUUGCGGCCGCCGUACGGAGACAGGACAUGGGAGGAGGGCAGGGGCGCCCCUAGGGAGCCAGCCCCAAGUUUGGUCCAUCUCAGACUCCAGGCUCUAAGUGACAGGAGGGCAGCUCCCAAAGGGGGGACGCAGGUGCAUCCUGCAGCCUGUGGCUCCAGAAGCACAUCAUCUGGUCCCAAAUACACGAAGUGGAGGAGGAGGGGGGAAAUGAGGGGAAACCUCCAAUGUGGGGACCACACAGAGUUGUUGGUCCCCUGGACACAGGCAUGGAGACCCCGUCCCCCAGGAGAGGGUUAGGGCGAGUGUUCUGUUUGGUCACGUCCAGUGUGAAAGGCUCAUGUCCAAGGGAACACACGGACAGGGAAGGGGCCAAGGUCCCCAGGUGGCCCCCGUCAUCCGUCCCUGAGCUCCUCCGUACCGCAAGAGCCCACAGCUAUGUCCUCCCCACACACGCCUGUAAUCUAACCUUCAUGGUUUGGCUUCUCCGGCAGCACAAGGAUUGGUGGCGUCCCCUCUCUGGUGCAAGCUUUCUGCUCCGGAGCUCUCGUUACAAGCUCGGGAAAACGAAGAGCUGUGUCUAAUGGGAGAGCUUUCCGAAGAAGUGGGGAGUCCAGGCCCUGGCCUUUCUCCCUAGCCCUUCCUGGCUUCCGGUGGUCCUUCCUCUCUGCUGGGAACAGAGAAAGAUGGAGAAGCCCACGGGCAAAAAGAAGGCACAGACCCCAAAGGAAGAAGUAGAGGUGCUGAAGGACGCUCCCAAAGAAGAGAAUGUGUCUGGGGGGAAAAAGCCCAGGAGGUCCUCUGUGGCGAGGAAGCACAGCAAGGAAGCCAGCCUGAGCCCCGAGGAUGAAGAACAUUUAUUUGACGCCUUCGAUGCUUCGUUUAAAGAUGACUUUGAGGGGGUCCCUGUGUUCACUCCUUUCCAGAGAAAGAAGCCCUACGAGUGCGGGGAGUGCGGCCGCGUCUUUAAGCACAAGACAGACCACCUCCGCCACCAGCGGGUACACACAGGAGAGAAGCCCUUCCCGUGCGACGCGUGUGGGAAGACGUUCCGCCACAGCUCCGACGUCACCAAGCACCACAGAAUCCAUACUGGAGAAAAGCCCUUCAAAUGCAGCGAAUGCGGGAAGGCCUUCAACUGCGGCUCCAACCUCCUGAAACAUCGGAAGACGCACACCGGGGAGAAGCCGUACGAGUGCCAGGAAUGCGGGAAGACCUUUGCCUACAGCUCCUGCCUCAUCCGCCAUCGGAAGCGUCACCCGCGGAAGAAGCACUGAGUGUAGGAAGCUGCCGAGCCACUGCCUGUGCCGAUGGGGCCCGUGGGGGCCGCGCGCCCGCUGUCCCUCCUGAGUGCCCGAUGGGUGCCGGGCAGGCCCCGAGCCCCAUGCACCUGCGCGCCGCCCCGCCGUCAUCAGGAAAGUCAGCCUGCACAGUAAGCAAGUGCCCGAGCGUGGUACAGACCUCUCCGGUGCGAAGCAGCCCUGGAUCAAGAUCCCGUGAUAACGCGGGAGGCACCUGUGGCCGCGGCACCAGAGACGGGGUAUCCCCCGCUGUCUGUGCCCGGAGGCCGUGGCUUCCGGGGAGCGGCCCAGCACCUGCAGCCUCUGCCCGUGGCGUCUGCUCUGCUUUCCGCCCUCUCACCUGCUCCUUGGGGGGACUCCAGUCUGCAGACUGUGGACCUGCCAGGCCCCGAGCCCAUCCCUGUGCACCAGGCAGGAGCCUGCAGCGCUGAGCUAGACAGCGGUGCUCCGCGGUCGGUGCCCUGGUGCCACGCCACCCACCUGCUGUCCCUGCGAGGCUGGCCGUGGUGACAGUCCUGCGGUUUGUGCCCCGGCUUCCCCCCUCCAGCCGUGCAGCACCAGCCCUGGAACCCCUGCCCUCACCCCGUGUCCCUGGGAACUGGCCCCUCCUGCCUCCACCCAGCCCAGCCCCUGCCACGGUGAGCGGCCUGACGCGCCGUGUGGAUCACCCAGGAUCUACGGGCUGCCAUCGCGGGCAAUUCCUGCCCUGGACAUGUGGGGGCCCCAAGGAUGUGAGGGCAGCUCAGGCCAGCCUGCAUCUGCCACGGGGGUGUCCAGAAGGGAGCCAGUGCGCCCUGCCCCCCAGGGGUCAGCGUCCAGGUCACAGACGCCAAAGGGCAGAUGCUCUCAGCGGAAAUGCUUCUCCAGGUUGGGCAGCAGGAUGGGUCUCCAGACGUGGUACGACGGUGGAGAUGAGCCUGGCCGGGACCCUUCUCCGGGCUGUGGCGGUUGGCGCCCCGGCAGCGCACAGACAGCGGGUUUGCCCUCCUCUCCAGCGGCAGGCAGUUUCCGCAGGCAUGACGUGGGAUGCUGACGGUGCUUAACCUGACUCGGUGACUCACGUGAAGUCCUCAGGGCACUGCUGCUUCACCCCAACUGUUUUAAGGAUGGUGGCUCUGGGGGCGCCCGGCAGGCUCUGUGGGUGGAACCUGCGACUCUUGAUCUCCGGGUUGUGAGUUCAAGUCCCACAGUGGGCGUGGGGCUUCUUGCCAGGUGUUCAUGUUCGUAGCGAGGCAUGGGAGGUGGCCAUGCCUGCCGACAGCCCUUGGCGCCUCCUCCAGGAAAACCACAGCUGACUUCACCUGCAUCAGCAGGAAAAAAGAGCAAUGGGAAAAUACUUCUUUUAAAAUGAGACUUGGAAGUCUUACAGUCAUGAGAAAAAUCACGAAAUCAAACUCAGAUCAGUUGGUGGUCUUGUUUGCCUUGGCACGGCUCUGGCAAGGCAGGGGGUGUCUCCUGCGCUCCCCGCCACCGCAUCCCGCCACCACACACCGAAGUCAGAUCUUCCCCGUGAAUCUGUUUUGAGGGUUUCUCAGUUCAAAUGAAGCUCCUAUCCUAGGAAAAGGAAAACCCUCCCAAUAAUGAGACUCAAACGAAAAGACAUAGCGAAGGCUCUAAAAUACUGAGACCUUGCUGACACUGAAACAGGAUUGGCCAGAGCUUCCCCAGGAGCCGUUAAAGCCACGUGGGGACAUGCAGCCCUAAGCACUCAGGACUCAUCAGCAGAGCAGCUAGAGACCAGAAGCUGAGCCUCUGGCUUGAGAAGUUAUAAAAAACACAGCGGAAUAAAUGCAGAGUGACAGAGUAGCAAAACCAGUGUGUCGGAGGCUGUCGUGGGAAGGAAACAGGGGGGCCCCGUCCUGGCCGGCAGUCCAGUGUGGGGCCAGGAGGCCACGGGAGCAAACGCGCCACCGCAAAUGCUGAGAAGUGACAGCAGGGGCGUCAGAGAUCAGAAAAGACAAAACUCCGCGCCAGGGAAUGUGAGCACAGAUGAGCUGCGGAGGCCGCCCGAGAGCCAGUGGCCCAAAGACCUCGAAGCAAGCAGAUGCCCGUCCAUGUCUGUGGCUCAGAACAAAGGAAGUCGGUCGCCCAAGAUGCUGCUGAUGAAGCGCAGAAGCCAACGGGGUGGAGCAGCGGCCCGCGGGGACUGGGCGCCCGGCUUCGGUGGCCUCCGGUGUGUCCCGUUCACCCAAGGGCUACGUGCGUCUGCAACACUCCUGUUCUAACUUUAACUUUGCAGGAAACGAGCGCUCUCCUCCCGGGUCUGUCCGGGCCCAGGCCUGGGGUGCGUGGGUGGAGCCCCGGCCAGUCCUGCCUCCAGGCCUCUCCAGCCCUCCCCACCUGUGUGCUCGCAGCUUCCCUGCAGCCAGCCAGGUGAUAACUGCGUUUCUUUGUUCAGAAGGUGUUUCCGUGAGAGCAGCUCACCUGUCAAGAAGUUCCCGAUGAAGCGUGCAUAGAAGGGAACCUCCCAGCUAACAAGGUUCCCCAGUCCUGAGCCCCGAAGAGGCGCCCAGGCCACUGAGGAGGCGGCCAGGAGGCCCCUGGUUACAGCAGCAUCCACGGAGCACCUCGGCACCUGGCCCACAUGGAGGGCGCUGGGUUGGCGGGGAGCCACGGAGGACCUCGAAUGGAAUGGACACGGGGACGCCAGCAGAUGUCCCAGGGACGUGCCGUAGAUCGCCCUUCACGCUGGGAUCUGUUCCUACGGGCCUCAUGCCGACCUCGAUCUGAGGGAAGGUGGGAGCCAGCGCUGUGGGAGACUGGGCAGUGAGUCCACAUCGCAAGCGGGGCUCUGCUUCCUCCCCUCCCUACAGACUGGGGGGCUGACCUCUGGUCACCCUUGCCAGGUCCUCUGCAUUCCUGGGGAGCUGUAGGCACCAGGGUGUCACCUGGGCUUGAUUUCUAGUGACCUCUCAUGUCCAUCCCGAGUCCGGACACCAAGACUUGUGACCAUUCCUUUCCCCAAGACACGCUGCGGAGGACGGCUGGACUGAGCGCAGCCUUGCGGCCUCGGUUCCAGGGAGGACAGCCCAGGGCGCCCGAGUCCUGGUGCUCAUGACAGACGCCUGUGACACUGGGGACACAUGGACAUUUUCUCUGGAGCAGGACAAGUGAGGGCAGGUUCGCAGCCAGGUAAAGGAGGUGUCCCCAAGGGCCAAGGGAGCAGCGCUGGGACCGGAAAGGGAGUGGGCUGAGGGCCAGCGCAGGGUGGGAGCAGCCACAAAGAUGAUGGGCAGGCUCCGUGUCUCCUGCCUGAGGACACAGCUCUGCUCCGAGCCUCCAGGGACCUCUGCGCUGAGCUUAGCAAUUGUGUCUCCCGCGUCCGCCUCACAACUGCCUGUUCCACAGCCCACAGCGCCAGUGGCCCUCUUGACCAGAGUCCUGCCGGGAUCCAGGCUGGCCCACGGGGGCAGGUGGACGCUGCUGCCCGUGGUUGUCUGCAGCUUCCGGAGGCGUGGGCUUCCGAGGCCUGUAGGGUGAGCACCCAGGGUCCCUCGGCCCCAGCGCACACGUCGCCCCCGGACUGGGGUCCACAAGAGCGCCCUGUCCCAUUGUGCGCCCCAGGUCCCUGCAGCAGCCCGGGGCAAUCUGGUUUUAUCACGCACUUGUUUACUUGUCAGCUUGAGCACUGGGCGUCGUGGGAUUCUCACACCCCGCACACCUGGCAGGUGGAGGUGGCUGCGGGGCUAGAUGCUCUCACUCCGCUGGUGGUCGUGCACACGGGAGACAUGACUUUCCAAGCACGUCAGAUGAACUUUGACGUUAUAAUCUCUUCACUUCUUCAGUCUUUAGAAAGCGAGUGAGUGUUGCACUGGUUCGUUUCUGGCUGCCUCCCCAGCACUCAUCCCAGAACGUGUCCUUGUGCUGCUGCUCAUGGAUAAGGUUUUCUUCUGUAAUAAAAGUCUGCUCUAAAAAAAAAAAAAAAAA